ACUCGUCCGCAGAGGCAUCGCCAUGGUCCCCCGGGCGCUUGCUGUCCUGGCGGUGCUGCAGCUGCUCGCGGCGCAGGUGACCAUGGCAACCGGGGAGACCCGAUGUAACCCGGGCGAGUAUGAGGUUACCAGCCUUUGCCGCUGCAGCAAACUCUGCCCGGCUGGCUACUACGUCAGCAAAUACAUAGACCAGGACCACAGCGUCGGAGAAUGCAGGGAGUGCGAGUCUGGAACCUUCCUGGCCCAUCCCAGUGAGGAGAGCAGCUGCAUGCCGUGUUCCCAGUGCCGGGAGGCAGAUCAGGAGGUGGUGACUGAAUGCUUCCCAACUAGCGACCGGCUAUGCCAGUGCAAGCAGGGCAACUUCUACUGCGACUCCAUGGACUGCACGGAGAGCUGCUUCCGGUGCAAAAGGUGUGAAGACAGCACCGUCCUUCAACCCUGCAACGCCACAAGGGAUACAGUUUGUGCCGUGCAAAUUCGUCCAGAGGCUGGAAACCUAAAGUGGUCGUGGGUCCUCCUUGCUGUGACUGUGGUCCUUUCCAUCGCCACAGCCAUCAUCACCACCGUCAUCUGCCACUGUAGAACAGGAGCUGCGUGGUUUUUCCAGUCGGUUGUCGUUUUUGGGAAACAAAAUCCAAAGGAGCCAGGCAGCCCUUCACCUAGAAGCAGCCAGCCCAAGGAGAUGCAGAUACCCAUGGACCUUGAGAGGGGCCAACCAGCCCCUGGUGUGGAGACCAGGCCGCUGUCGGAGGUGGAGGACUCAGCCCUGGCGCCCGAGGCCAGGACCCGCCCGGGGCCCUCCAAGGACGCUGGGGAAAUCUUUGAGCUCCAGGAGCUGGGGGCCGGAGGAAGGCCAGCGGCCCCAGAGCAGACACUACAACGGACUCAAGCUCCCCAGGCCCCCAGGCCCCCAGGCCCCCAGGCCCCCGGUCCAAGCAGAGGCGUCCCCUUCCCUCCACAGCCUGGAGCAGGCUGGAAGUCGGAGAUCAAGGUGUCGGCAGGCAGGGUCACUUCCCUCCGCCGAGGGCCGUGAGGGAGAGUCUGGUCCAGGCCUCUCCCGGCUUCUGGUGGUUUCCGGCAAUCUGAGGUUCCUCGGCUUGGAGAAGCAUCUCCCCAUCUCUGCCUUCAUCUUCACGUGGCCUUCUCCCUGUGUGUGAGUCCCUCUCCAAAUUUCCCCUUUUUAUAAGGACCCCAGUCAUAUUGGAUUAGAGGCCACCCUAGUGACCUCAUCUCAACUUUAUCGUGAGCAACAAUGCUGUUUCCAAAUACGGUCACAGUCACAGGUACUGGGAGGACUUCAGAGCCUUUGCAGGGACACAAUUCAACCCAUAACCUUCCCCAACCCUACCUGCUGUCUGAGGGUGUAACAGGGAAGAGCCAAUUCUGACUCCAUGUUGGAUCUGUUUCUUGGACUUUAGCCUUUGCUUUUCAUUGCUUUUGUUCCUAUAAUCAUCCAUAAUGGCCUGCCUCGGGGACCCCUGCCCCUCUGCCCGAAUAUUAAACUAAAGUGCCUCUGUUCAGCUCACAGGAAGACAAUCUGACCCUGUCCACCUGUGGAUGGCUGCAAGGAAGAAGAAAGUAGUGCAUCUCCUCCUCAAGGAUGGUCGUUCCAGGAGAUGAUUUGCGAGACUGACGGUCCUCUUUACUUUACUUCCCCACCGCCUCUCCCUCUCUAUUCUGCCUUUUUACUUUACCUCCCUGUCUGAUUCUAUAAAAGAAACUGGCAUCCAGACCCCGAUAAGGUGGUUCUUUUGAGACACGGGUCUGCCAUCUUCUCCGUCUGGCGGCUUCUCCUCGUCUCGAGACCUCACGUCUGACUUAUUGGCCUGUGUGCGGUGAGCCGCACGAGCUUGGACUCGGUGACAAGGGGACCACGGCACCAAGGGGGGGCAGGGGCUCAGCAUGUGUCCUCGCUGGGCCCCAGGGCUGGGAAACAACAGGACCGAGGAGGCACAGCCCGCUGCUGCCGGACCCUGAAGCCUCCUGCGCUGUCAGCAGGGCUGGGCCAAGCCCCUCCUGGGUGCCAGGCUUGGCAUCUGGAGAACACAGGGCUGCAGGGGCAGGGUGUGGGCUGGAUCCUGAGAUGGGUGGGAUCGUCCCCGGUGGGCCGUGUCCAGCCGUGCACAGCGGGAAGCGACGGUUCCCAUCCUCCGCUGUGGGGCUGCUGGGGGCUUUCCCGAGUGGGUGACACCUGAAUGGGGUUUGACAAAUAAUCAGACACCCACUAAGUGGCCCUGUGGGAGAGGGCCAGGGUUGCUGAGUGAUGAGGACCCCUAAGGCAGGGCAAGGUCAGGGGCUGAAGAAAGGGGAGACUGGGAGGAGAUCGUGGACCCCUGGGCCACCCUUGCACAGCCACGGGGCUUGAGAAGUCCGGAGACUGUAGGUUCCACGGGUCGUGCGCCCUUAGGCGUCAUUUCAGGGAUGCGGCCUGUGACUUUUGUCGGAUGCUCCAGGGCUCCUGAGACGAACAAAAUGCAGAAGUUGGGGCCCCUGCCGAGCGUCGGGUCAGGGUGACGUGCUGGUCCCUGGGUGUCCCUCUGGGGCUGUGCUGUAACAGGGCAGCUGUUCUUACCCUUUUUACCAGCCGUGGGACAGAGCGCUGAGUCCUUGCCGCCCGUGGGCAGAGGCAGAGCUGAGGUUUGAACCACGUGGUCAGGCUCCUGGCCUCAGGCCCGGGCAUCUCGAGGAACGCCUGGCCUCAUCCAGGGAGAACCCCGUGCUCGUGGCAGCUCCUUCAGACGGGUGGUCAGCUUUCAUCUGUCUGGUGUCCCGUCCACGCUCGGAUUUCCCUGAACGAGGAGGCGGUGUGGAUAAGUCACUAAUAUUUGUCCACAGUGCAUGUCUGUAGACCUGUGUCCUCUCCAUUGUCUUAUCCAGAGAGCAGGUCACCGCCAGGUGACAUCGUUCAGCUGUUACCCGCACCCCCAGGGGGGAAGGAGCAGGGCCUGGGGCUGGGAAGAGUCAGGAGCACAUGCAGAGCAGCGGGGACCCCGGCCCGCCACGGCGUCGCCCGCAUGCCCAGGCCGUGUCCUGGGGGAGCGUGGCCCAGAGGACACGCUGGGCUGUGAGCUCUCUGCCACCCGUGGGGGGACGGGCGGGGACUCCCCACGGGCUGACUCAGGGGUCUUCUCACGUUCAUAGAGGCCCGCCGGCCCCCACCCACUGCUCCCACAAGAAACCAGGUUCUGGUUCUAUUUCAGUAGAACUCCUCUAAGAGGCCGCACAGUUUCUGCUCCUGGAACCAUUUUAUUCUCUUCUCUCUGCUGGAAUAUGAACAAAAGUAUUUUCUGAAGGGCGUUUCCUGUGAUGGCAAGUAGGCUAAAUUCUUCAUUUUCUUUUUUUAUUUGUUAACAUUUUUCUCGGUUCGUUUGUUAACAAAUUUUCUCGUUUAUUUGUUUAGGCUAAAUCUUCCUUGUUGGGACUUCCCUGAUAGUCCAGUGGCUAAGACUCCAUGCUCCCAAUGCAGGGGGCCUGGGUUCGAUCCCUUACCGGGGAAAUAGAUCCCACAUGCCACAACUAAAGAUCUCGCAUGCUGCAACAAAGAUCCCGUGUGCCGCAACUGAGACCCAGUGUGGCCAAAUAAAUAAAUAUGUAUUUUU